CUCCUGACGAAGACAUCAUACCAACCUCCAUCAAGCACGUUGGUUCUACUCAAACAUCUUGGAUCUAACAACAACCCCUCAUGGUUUAUAUGGCUUAUGAUAGCAACGGAGCAGCACGCUCCCGAUUCCGGUAGUCUUCCGAAUGCCGAAAGGAUUGUAAAUGAUAAAAGGAAAAAAAAACAAGAAGAAAUGAAAGAGAAUCUUGCCUUCUUAUUUGUUCGUAACUUUCAAAAACCGCCAAAGAUCAACUCAAUCAUAUUACCGCCAUGGACCGUGACCCAGAAAUCCAGCACCUAAUCGACGAGUCCAAGAUCCGCAAUCUCCUCAACACCUAUCCACGCGCCCUAGACCGCCAGGACCACGCCCUUCUGGCCUCUCUCUACCACCCGGACGGCAUCGAUGACCACGGCGUCUACAACGGCUCUGCAACGGGUUUUAUUGAUUUCAUGCGCGCCCAGGGCCGUCCUGGUAUGCACUGGACGCAUCACAACGGCACUCAGAUCGUCGAGAUCAAGGGCGAUGUCGCGGAGUGCGAGACUUACGCCAUUGCACUUUGCCGUAUGGGAGCGAAAGACGAGCCAGGCUACGAUCGCGAGAUGUUUCUACGUGUGAGGUAUCUGGACCGGGUGGAGAAGAGGCAGGGGGUGUGGAAGAUUGCGCAUAGGCGCGUUGUCUAUUCGCCGUGUCAUAUUGUUAAGAUUGAGGAGGAGUGGCCGUUGGGUGGGGAGUGUUUAGCUGAUGGGGCGUUUCCGGAGGACGAGGUGUAUAAGUUCUAAGGGAUUGCUUGGGGUCUUGCAUGUUUCCUGCCUGAGCUGUAUCUGGCUCAAAGUACUCAAAAUCUAGAACAAGCCUUCUAAGCUCUACUUGACUCUUUCUUUUCGGUAGUAGGUCUCUUUCAAACUUGAAUCUUAUUGAUAGUUACGAUGAGAUGGAAGGUACGUCUGUGAGCAGCGAGAAAGGGAUUGGGCAAUCGGGUGGCUCCACGACUGCACGUACCCGCCAGCUCAAACCGCCAAGGCGGAAAGAUACGCAAAGCAUCAGUAUCGAUCAGAUUCUCUUCAGCUAUGUAUACUCUUUUAUUUUCUGCGGUAUGUCAGGAAAGUUGCUGAAUAUCAUACGUUGCUCUAAAAAGCACCAGUCAGGUCCUCCUGACCCUUUCCUUUUUGUCUGCAUACUAGUACCAUGAGUUUGUGGGUUCGAUUUGGAGGAGAGCGUAAAGUAUAUUUUGGUUAAUUCAAAUUAAAACUCCAUGGGC